ACUAUCAGUUUCACAGACUUCCGCCAGCUUCCGCUGGGUUAGUUCACAUGCCUGUAUGUUGGCGCGAGUGUUAGGUCGCUUGGUUUCUUUCAAACCUAAUUCCCGGGGGUUUAAUGAAUUAAAAUGACAAAGUCAAGGGGAUGUAGGAUCGAACUCGGUGAUGUCACGCCUCACAACAUCAACCAGUUGAAAAGAUUAAACCAAGUAGUUUUCCCGGUCAGCUACAACGACAAGUUUUACAAGGAUGUUCUCGAAGCGGGAGAGCUCGCCAAAUUAGCCUACUACAAUGACAUCGUCGUCGGCGCGGUCUGCUGCCGGAUUGACACGUCAGAAAAUACGAGGCGCCUUUACAUCAUGACCCUGGGCUGCCUCGCGCCAUACAGAAGAUUAGGCAUUGGCACAACUAUGGUUCAGCACGUCCUAAAUUAUGUUAAAAAAGACGGGAACUUCGACAGCAUAUUUCUGCACGUCCAGGUGAACAACGAGAGUGCCAUCGAGUUUUACAAGAAGUUUGGCUUCAAGAUUGUUGAGACCAAGGAGCACUACUAUAAGAGGAUAGAGCCAGCGGAUGCUCAUGUUCUGCAAAAGACACUCAGGCCGACAAAGACUUCGCUGCAGAAUGGCGUGGCCUCGGACAAGGAGCGGUCCUAGUGAGUGCAUCCACACGCCGCCUCUGGGUGUCGUGCCACUGGGAGACACACACACACACAAAAAAAAAGCAGCGCCUGCUGGCCGGUCCAUGUUGAGGGAGUCGCAAGGGCAGUUUGGAUAGCUGCCCUUGCCACGUCACCGUGAGGGUGUAUCACAGCCCUAUUGUCACUGGCUUCCCUCCUGCCGCGCGAAAGGCUGUGUGGGGUGCCCCCCGUGGUUGUGCCGAACUUGCCACCUCCUAGCCUUGUCAACACUGUUUUCAGCUUCCCCAUUAUUUUGCAAGACCAAGGAUGCAUGAAAGGUGGUGGCACAUGCUGCUCAACUGUGUUAGGGUCUGCCUCCUAUUGGUGAAGAAUGCAGCUUCCAGUUGCAAAUAGUGCGACGACAAGACGGGCAGAGGCCAGGGCCAACUACCACAUUUAACUACUCUGAAGACUAAUUACUUUCAUGUGUACAGUUUACGGAAUCCUCAUGGUCGCAUCAGACUAGAAGUAAUGGAAAUGCAGCACAACAUGGACGCGAAGAAAAAUGUGGCACUAGUCCCUGAUCUUUGACACAUCUUCACUCUCGUUUUCUUACUAUUUGUGACUGGGAUGCGUGCUAACUACGCGCUUGUUUGCCUUUGACUUGUUCAAACCUUUUGAGCACCAGCAUAACAUCUAGGUGGCUGAUCAACAGCUUUUUGUAACAGACGGCUGUGUCAGCAUGUAUCUUUUGUGCAUCCUUGUUUCUCUAAGCACCUGUAAACAUCACUGCCCAAGCUUGAGAGGUAAAUGUCUGCUAUUGUCAGCAUAAAACAAAUUUGUUGGGGUUUUACGCAUUCCUUCGCAAAGGACACAUUGUCUCCUGCAAGAAGCUUGGAUUCUAUUUUUCAAAUAUGACCUUAUUGUAUAAGGCUUGAAAUUGGCAUUGGAACAACUUUUUUUUAACAAAAAUGAGGGAAGGAUGUGCAUACAUAUGUAUUGCAGAGAUGUCUAUGCAUACUUUAAACAACCACUUGCUUAUCUCAUGAAUGUUUGUAUAAAACUAAUAGAAACAAAUACAAAACAGUAAAGAUUCAUUUUGGUUGUGCACAAAAUUUGUAGAACACUUUUCCACAAAUAGAAAUUAUUUCCUGGUGCACAUUUUCUGAAACUUGAUGUCAUUUUUAAGUUAUUGGCAUCUCUAAAGUACGUUUGGUUUGGCUUUAUAGUGUCGGCUGUGUUUACAUAUAGCAAAAGUAAGCUAGAAAAAAUACUCGUUGCUUUUCAAGUGACAUUUUUUUCAUUGUAGUGUUAUUUUUUAGUUCUGUUAUAUUGUGCUGCUAGUUUGGGCAAAAGCUAAAGUACUUGUUUGUGUUGUUUUCGACAACUUAGGUGUUCAAAAAAUUAUUUGAACCCCUUUGUGUCACCCACAUGGAAAGAGUAUUUUGAUGACGUACCUUAACAUUCAUUGAGAGAGCUGAAGCAGGGUAUGUUUUUGAUCUAUAUAUCCUGUUAACAGCUGCCAAAUGUUUGUGAUUACUUAUUGUUGACAUAAUUUUAGUGGACACCUAAUAUGCAAUUAUAAUAUUUUUCUUCCUGUUAAAAAAUUUUUUUUCUAGAUGCCUUUGUUAAACAAAACUGAUUCGUUACACGAAUGCUAUUCACUACCAAUUUUAUAACUGUGUGAGUACACAUGCACUACUAGAUGAAAAAAAAAACUUACUGUUUUGCAAUCACCCAUUCUAUUUGUUUAAUUAAAGUACUGUAUACAGCAGGUGAUCUGCAGUUUAAAAAUGUGCCUGUGACUUGCCUGUGUUUUUCAUCAAAUGUUAAACUUAGGUGUGUCAUAUUUUCUUAAAUCUGUGCUCCUUCUUCAUUUCAGUCUUAUGCACAUUUUUGGCUAGGGUGGUGGCAAGAACAGCAUGUGCCAGCAUGUUGCGCCGUGCUGGAACUGUUUUUUUCUACCAAAUGUUGCAGCGUUGUCUGCUGACGAUGAAUGUGCAUACAGUUGCCCAAAUCACCGUGCAAGCAGUGGGCCUUCUGUGUGCCAUUCUGACCUGUGAAUAAAUGUGGCCUAGGAAUUUUUUAUGUGAA